CUUACUGUAUUACUGCAUUGUUUAGUUGCUAGGAAUCUGCACUAUUUCAGUUGAUCAGUUGAUGUCAAUUAUUAAAGAUAUGACUGUGCACACAUCUUAUGGAUAUUUGGUAUAUUACUGAACCCAAUGCAUCAAAUGUUACUUUAAGUUAAGAUACUAAAUCAGUUUGAUACUGAAAUUUUUUUUCUGAACAAUUUGAUUCUCAAUAGCUACUUAAAAAUUAGAAUUUUCAUUUAUUAUAUGUUUAUUUCUUUUUGGCUUUAAUUUAUUUUUUAACAUUUUUCUCACAAUGAUAUGGCAGAAUUUAAAAGGCUGUAACCAAAGGUAUUUUCUGAAGGCAUUGUUUUUGGGUCAGUUUAUUUCUUUGUUACUAUGUGGAACAGCUGUCAGCACUGGUCUGUUACAACAACAAGGUGUUAAUAUACCUACAGCCCAGAGUUUCUUUAACUAUGUGUUAUUAUGUUUGGUUUUUACAACAAUUUUAUGUUGUCGGAAAAAUGGGAGAUCAAUGGGAGAAAUUUUUCGCAGUUGGGGUUGGCGUUACUUCCUGAUAGCAGUUAUAGAUGUAGAGGCAAAUUACUUGGUGGUUAAAGCUUAUGCAUAUACCACUGUCACCAGUGUUCAGUUAUUGGACUGUUUUAGUCUGGUCAGUGUGAUGAUUCUGUCACGUUUCUGUCUUCACACAAGGUAUCGUGUACAACACCUAGGUGGCGCUGCAGUCUGUCUUAUUGGUAUGGUUGGAUUAGUGCUCACUGAUGUAUUAGUGGGGAAAAAUGAUAAUCAAG